AUGGCGGGGAGAGCACAUGCGGAGCCACGGUUUGGCUUCCUGGCAGACCCGCAGGAGGACGUGGAUUCCAUAGGUGGGUCAUUUUCGGCUUCCUCCCACCGAUGCCACCACAAGCAAAAGCACUGCCUCCCCAUCCCACAGUGUGGAGCUCUGUCCAUCAGCCCUCUGCUUUUCCAUCCCCACACGAAGGGAUCGCAGAUCAUCAUGGACACGACACAGAAGGCAGUGAAGCGCCAGGCUAGCUUCUGCAAUGCCAUUACCUUCAGCAACAGGCCCAUCGUUAUUUAUGAACAAGUCAGGCUUAAGAUCACUAAAAAGCAGUGUUGCUGGAGUGGGGCUCUUCGACUCGGGUUUACUUCCAAGGAUCCAUCGAGGAUUAACCCUGACACUCUGCCGAAGUAUGCCUGCCCCGACUUGGUUUCCCAAAGCGGUUUUUGGGCCAAGGCUCUGCCAGAAGAGUUUGCGAAUGAGGGAAACAUCAUAGCCUUCUGGGUGGACAAGAAAGGACGGGUUUUCUAUCGGGUGAACGACUCCGCUGCGAUGCUCUUCUUCAGCGGGGUGAGGACGGCAGAGCCUCUCUGGGCUUUGAUCGACGUCUACGGACUCACCCGCGGAGUGCAGCUCUUAG